UAAGUAGCAGAAGCAGAGGUAUAAAAGAAAACCCGGGAUAUAAGGAAAGAAUUAGUGAUCUCCGAUUGGUGAACGAAAUCAGAUACUCGAACAAAAGCAGCAACAUGAGGAACAUUAUUUUCUGCACGGUCUUAGUGGCAAUGUGUUUAGUGUUACGUGAAGCUCACGCAAACUGCAAUUUCAUGGGUCAAGACCUUAAGGCUGGCGAAAAGUAUACAAAGGAUUGUAAUCAAUACACAUGCAAUUCCGAUGGAAGUGUGAGCGGACUCGCAUGCGCGGAAUACCGAUGUGCAGAGGGAAAGGAAACUGGGUACCGUGAAAUGGACGCGGGAAAGCCUUAUCCAGAAUGUUGUCCGGGGCCGAUUUGUGCGGAUUGAAAUAGACGUUGGCAGAUGACGAUGGACGUUCAAAGAAAAUAACUGAAUUGUAUUUACAAAUGAUUUACGAAAUGAUUUACGAAAUAAUGUUUAAAGAAAUAAAUUCACAUGCCAAAUUAAAAA